UAAUUAGUAACAUUUUUGAGUUAUAAGUCUAACUCAAACUUAAUCAAUGAAAACUAAUGUCACUAAUCAAACCCUAUAUAUAAUAAUAAUAUAUGCAUUGCAGUAAAAAAAAAAUCAUUUUUCAUUUAUUUAUUUUAAAUUCCCCUCUUCUAUCGAUCGAUCGAGCAAAAACCUUGAAUAAAACCUCUUUCGCCGCCGGAGAAAAGUAGCCAUGCUCCUCCGAUCAUUAACUCGUUCCUCCUCCAAUGCCUCCACCUCUCUCUUCUUCCGUCUUUUCCCUCGCUCCUACUUCUCUCGCUCUUCUCCAGCGACAGGCCGCAACAUUCGCCGGCUAUCAGCUGCUGGAACUGGAAGCGAGCUCUUUCUACGCCGUGGUUUAAGGCUGCUCCCCGCCGCCGCGAGUGGCUGUCUCAGUGGGCAGUUCUCUCUCGCCGUCUCUACACAAACCGCAACUUCUUAUCCCGGUCAGGAUGAAGCUGAGAAGCUUGGAUUUGAGAAAUCGCGGGAAGAGUUCAUCUCAGAGUGCAAAUCCAAGGCUGUUCUCUUCAGACACAAGAAGACCGGUUGCGAAGUCAUGUCUGUUUCAAACGAUGAUGAGAACAAGGUCUUUGGCGUCGUUUUCAGGACUCCUCCGAAGGAUUCCACUGGCAUUCCUCACAUACUGGAACAUAGCGUAUUAUGCGGUUCAAGAAAGUACCCUCUUAAAGAGCCAUUUGUGGAGUUAUUGAAAGGGAGCUUGUAUACUUUCCUAAAUGCAUUCACAUAUCCUGAUAGGACUUGCUACCCUGUUGCUUCCACAAAUACAAAGGAUUUCUACAAUCUUGUCGAUGUAUACUUGGACGCUGUGUUUUUCCCCAAGUGCGUGGACGAUGUUCACACUUUUCAGCAGGAGGGUUGGCACUAUGAGCUUAAUCAUCCUUCUGAAGACAUUUCUUACAAAGGGGUUGUUUUUAAUGAGAUGAAAGGUGUCUAUUCACAGCCUGAUAAUAUACUAGGGCGGAUUACUCAACAGGCCUUAUGCCCAGAAAAUACAUACGGUGUUGACAGUGGAGGUGAUCCAAAGGACAUCCCGAAGCUUACAUUCGAUAAAUUUAAGGAGUUCCACCGUCAGUAUUAUCACCCGAGCAAUGCCAGAAUAUGGUUCUACGGAGAUGAUGAUCCAGUUCAACGCCUCAAAGUCCUGAGUGAAUAUUUGGACAUGUUUGAUGCAAGCCCAGCUCGAGAUAGCUCAAAGGUUGAACCACAGAAGCUAUUCUCUGGGCCUCGCAGAAUCGUCGAAAAAUAUCCUGCUGGUGGAGAUGGUGACCUUAAGAAGAAGCAUAUGGUGUGCCUCAACUGGCUACUCUCUGAAAAGCCACUGGACUUACAAACUCAGCUCGCGCUUGGAUUCUUAGAUCACCUAAUGCUUGGGACUCCUGCUUCGCCAUUGAGAAAAAUCUUGUUGGAGAGCGGAUUAGGAGAAGCUCUUGUCAACAGUGGGGUGGAAGACGAACUUCUCCAGCCCCAGUUCAGUGUUGGUUUGAAAGGUGUUUCCGAUGAUAAGGUACAAAAGGUUGAAGAGCUGAUCAUGAGUACUCUGAGAAAAUUGGCAGAUGAGGGGUUUGACACUGAUGCUGUUGAGGCAUCCAUGAACACCAUUGAGUUUUCUAUGAGAGAAAACAAUACAGGGUCGUCCCCUCGUGGUUUAUCACUUAUGCUCCAAUCAAUUGGGAAAUGGAUAUACGACAUGGAUCCUUUUGAGCCAUUAAAGUAUGAGGAACCAUUGAAGACCUUGAAAGCUAGAAUAGCUGAGGAAGGAUCCAAGGCUGUCUUUUCCCCGCUGAUAGAGAAGUUCAUUUUGAACAACCCUCACUGUGUUACCAUCGAGAUGCAGCCUGAUCUAGAAAAGGCUUCUCAAGAGGAAGUGGAGGAGAAAAAUAUUCUGCAAAAAGUUAAAGCAAGUAUGACAGACGAGGAGCUUGCAGAACUAGCGCGUGCCACAGAGGAGUUGAGAUUGAAGCAAGAGACUCCUGACUCUCCCGAAGCACUGAAAUGCGUUCCAAGUUUAAAUUUGAGGGACAUUCCAAAGAAACCUACAUAUGUUCCCACUGAGGUUGGAGAUAUUAAUGGCGUGAAGGUCUUGCGGCAUGAUCUUUUUACAAAUGAUAUACUAUACACUGAAGUAGUCUUUGAUAUGGGCUCACUGAGGCAUGCGCUUCUUCCGCUAGUACCCCUCUUCUGUCAAUCUUUACUGGAGAUGGGCACGCAAGAUAUGAGUUUUGUACAGCUUAAUCAGUUGAUUGGAAGGAAAACUGGAGGGAUAACAGUUUAUCCCUUUACAUCCUCUGUCUGGGGCAGUGAUGUUCCAUGUAGCAAAAUUAUUGUCCGUGGAAAAUCCAUGGUUGGACGGGCUGAAGACCUUUUUAACCUGAUGAACUGUGUGCUGCAAGAAGUUCGAUUUACAGAUAAACAGCGGUUUAAACAAUUCAUCUCCCAGAGUAGAGCAGGGAUGGAGAACCGAUUGAGAGGAAGUGGUCAAGGAAUCGCUGCUGCGAGGAUGGACGCAAUGUUGAACGCUGCUGGAUGGAUGUCUGAACAGAUGAAUGGUCUCAGUUACAUUGAGUUUCUACAUACUCUGGAACAGAAGGUGGAUCAAGACUGGGAAGGGAUCUCAUCCUCACUUGAAGAAAUCAGAACGUCUCUCCUUUCUAAGAAUGGUUGCAUAGUCAAUAUGACUGCUGAUGGGAAGUCCCUCACAAGCACGGAGAAAUUUGUUGGGAAGUUCCUUGAUUCACUCCCUGAAAAGCCUUCUAGUGGACAAGUUACUUGGGAUGCACGGCUUCCUCUGAGAAAUGAAGCUAUUGUAAUACCAACUCAGGUGAACUAUGUGGGGAAAGCAGGUAAUAUAUACAGCAGUGGAUAUAAGCUUGAUGGGAGUUCAUAUGUUAUAUCAAAGCAUAUUGGUAACACAUGGUUAUGGGACCGUGUUCGUGUAAGUGGUGGUGCAUAUGGAGGUUUCUGUGAUUUUGAUUCACAUUCAGGAGUGUUUUCGUUCUUGUCUUACCGUGACCCCAACUUACUGAAGACACUAGACAUAUAUGAUGGAACUGGAGACUUCUUACGUUGCCUUGACGUCGAUGAAGACACCCUUACUAAAGCAGUUAUUGGGACAAUUGGGGACGUUGAUUCGUACCAGCUCCCUGAUGCCAAAGGUUAUAGCAGUUUGUUGAGGCAUUUGCUUAAUGUAACUGACGAAGAGAGGCAAAUAAGGCGUGAAGAGAUAUUAUCAACAAGUUUGAAGGACUUUAAGGAAUUUGCAGAGGCGGUAGACUCUGUUAGAGAUAAAGGUGUUGCAGUGGCCGUGGCAUCACAAGAAGACAUUGAUGCAGCAAACAAAGAACGCUCAGAUUUUUUCGAAGUGAAGAAAGCUCUAUGAGUCUGAGAGACCCUCUUAAAAAGAGUAGGAAGAAGUUUUCUUAGAUUCAUGGAACGAGGCAUCAUAUCUCUAAGCUCACCUUCUUAGGUUCUACUUCACUAUGCUCACAAAGCUAUAUGCGAACAUCAUGAUCUAUCAUAGUGGAAUGAAAGCACUUUUACCUUUCACUUUAUGACAUUUACCAUUUUACUAAACCACAGGGUUGGCUACUGUUGCAUUCGAGGAUGUUUUUUUGUACCUUUUAGAUUUUGAGCCAAGCCUUGUUUAGUUCACAUGUGGUCCAAAAUGUUGAGCAAACUGUGUCAUUGCUUGUUAAGAAAAAAGGCUCUCAAAAAAAAAAGAGAUGAAUCUGUAACUCACCAUGUGUCCUGCUCUUCUUAGUUUCAUGUUCCUCAUGCAUUUCAUGCUU